UUUGCUUUCUAUUAGUAUUGAAGCUUCAAUGACACAUUAUCUAAAAUGAUAAAAACGAUUAGCGUCGGGUAUAUAAGAGAGAAAUCGCCAGUAGCACCAGCAGUUAUCUGUGCACGCGCGAUUCAACAAUAUUGUAUUAAGAGAGCCGGCAUGACUCUUUAAAACGUCUCGCCGUCAUGGAUUCUUGGAUACUAUUGUCAAUUUUGGCCAGUACUAUUGCUAUUUACUAUUACUUUUUUAAAGAUUUAAAUUUCUUCAAGAAACAUGGGAUUCUUUAUAUACCACCGUGGCCUAUCGUGGGCAAUAUGGGACCAAUUUUUCUCCGACAGUUAUCAUUGCCCGACAACAUUCAAAGAGUGUAUAAUUUAAAUCCAGACGCCAAAUAUGUCGGUUUCUUCGACAGCAUGAAUCCAGUAGUGAUGAUUCGUGAUCUAGAUCUCAUCAAGUCUAUUGCUGUUAAGAACUUUGACUCGUUUGUAGAUCAUCGCGGUUUUGUCGACGAAAUUAACGAUCCUCUAUUUGGCAAGAAUUUAUUUUCGCUUCGUGGUGAAAAAUGGCGAGAUGUGAGAAAUUUAUUAAGUCCCGCUUUUACGUCUAGUAAAAUGAAAGCUAUGUUUAAACUAAUGGCCGAUUGUGCUGUCAACUUUACCGAAUUUCUUUCCAAGUUGCCUUCUGACAAAAGUGUUAUGGAAAUGAAAGACUGCUUCACCAGGUACACGAAUGACGUAAUCGCAACCUGCGCUUUCGGGAUUAGCGUUGAUUCUAUGAGAAAUCCUACCAACGAAUUCUACGUUUAUGGAAAAAAUGCUACAAAUUUCACCAGUUCACGCAUGAUAAAAAUAUAUUUAAUCAGAAGUAUGCCCACUAUCACUAAAAUGUUGGGUAUUACAUUCAUUGAUAAUCAUAUAAAAUAUUUUUUCGAAAAUCUCGUGAGAAACACGAUAGACACCAGAGACAGGCAGAAUAUCGUACGGCCAGAUAUGUUGCAACUGAUGAUGGAAAGCAGAGGAAAAAGGGGACCUGGAAAAGAACUGACUAUUGAAGAUAUGACUGCGCAAGCAUUUCUUUUCUUUCUUGGAGGUUUCGAUGCUGUUGCCACCAUGAUGUCCUUCGCUCUUCACGAAAUUGCAGUUCAUCCAAGUGUUCAGACGAAAUUGCGCGAUGAGAUAGACGAGGUUCUAAAAAAAACGAACGGAGAAUUAACUUACGAAGCUUUGAAUGGAAUGCAAUACUUGGACGCUGUCAUUAAUGAAACUCUUAGGAUGUGGCCUGUGCCGUUUCAAGAUAGAUUAUGUGUGCAAGAUUUUGAAUUACCACCAGCACUUCCCGGAGAUAAGCCCUUUGUCGUGAAAAAAGGCUUUAAUGUUUGGUUUCCUGUUUAUAAUAUUCAUCGGGAUUCCAACUACUUCGAAAACCCGGAUGAGUUCUAUCCCGAACGUUUUCUAAACGAGAAUAAAAAAAAAUUAAAUGUUAACGCAUUUUUACCUUUCGGAAUCGGUCCAAGAAUGUGCAUAGGUAACAGAUUUGCUUUAUUGGAAAUCAAGGUCAUGAUAUUCUAUUUAUUGGCUCGUUGCGAAUUAAAACCGUGCGAGAAGACUUCUCAUCCUUUACGAUUGAAAAAAGGAAGCUUCGCCAUGCUGGCAGAUGGAGGUUUCUGGUUAAAGAUUCAAGCGAGGAGCGAUAUUGAUACUAACGUAUCGACAAGCGUUAAUGAUACUGCGGUUAAUGGUCACAUUUAAAUCCGUAUGAAUAAAAUGCAUCUAUGAAUAAAUGUCCGAUUCGAUUCAAUUUAUAAUUACUUAAGAGAAACUAUUUAAAAUAUUAAUAUAUGUAAUGAAAGUGUACGUGUAAAAUAACUUUAUUUUAAAUAAUGCCUCUUUUUGUAAUCAAGUUAGCUGUAUAAUGACAAUGCUUGUUUUUAAUUUUAUCUUUUAUUUGAAGGAUCUUUGAAGGUUGUGAGAUUAAUCAAUACUGUCUUUUGAUCUUUGAUUAUCUGCAUUUUUGUAUAAUGAUAUUUCGUGUGAGAAAUU